CAGGGACUUCGUCAUGCUGAUGGAGUCGUCCACGGCCGACUUCUACACGACGUACAACUGCGAUCUGAUGCUGUAUGGAAACACGCUGUUCUCCACCGGGCUGGGAUUUGCUUCUCCGAGAGGUUCGCCUAUUCGAGACCACAUCAGCAAGGCCGUGCUGGAGCUGAAGGAAGACGGGACGAUCCACCAGCUGUACAACAAGUGGUGGGACAGGCGGCGCUGCGGCAAGUACGAGGAGGAACAGGCCAAGUUCGACAAGAAGAAGGAUCUGCCGUUCAAGGCGUACGCCGUCAACCCCCGGGACAUGGCCGUCGCGUUCCUCCUGCUCAUGGUGGGCGUCAUCGCCGCCGUCGUCUUCCUCGUCGUCGAGAACGUCGUCAGCAGGAUGAGAACCACGAAAUUUGCACCAGGUUCCGUGCAGGCUCGCACACACACCGAGGAUCGAAUUACCGGGGACAGGAUAGAACGGUUCUCUGCUGACGGUGACACGAAACCGGAAUCCGGAGAUGGUGCCAGAGGUCAACCUUGAAACUAUGACGUCUUCGGUGUUCUUCCGCUCACAAUAUUUGAAUUAGCUCGAGGAGUUAGUUACUUCCUGAUGUACACAAUGUUAAUGUAAUAAGAACACACAUAAAAAAGGAACUCUUUUUUUUUAAGUGUAACGACUUUCAGUCUACGGUUUUGUUUAUAGGCCUACUGUUUUUAUAUUUCGUCAUACUAAAGACGUAGCCUACAUGCAACAGUCUCUUGGAAUAACAAAAGGCACGCAUGUACGCAUACAUGCAGACAUACACACAAAAACACACCCAUACAAAAAAAAUAAUGAAAUAUAACUGAAAAAAACCCCCAACCAAACAUAAAAAUACAAACAAACAAAAACAACAUACAUAUUGUUUGUACAUUGUAAACGCGCCUAUUAUUUGCAACACGGUAAACUUAAACACC